AUGGUAUCCUCCGAGCCAGACGCGCCUAAGGGACUUCCCUCGAAUUUCGUGUGGGGGUUCGCUACCGCUGCCUAUCAGAUCGAAGGUGGUGUCAAUGAAGGCGGUCGCGGUCCUUGCAUUUGGGACAAAUUCAUGCACCUGGAGCCCUCGCGUACUAACGGGGUUAAUGGCGACGUUGCGUGUGAUCAUUAUCACAAAUUAGAGGAAGAUCUCGAUCUUCUUGCCAAGUAUGGGGCUAGGGCCUAUCGCUUGUCCAUUGCCUGGUCGCGUAUUAUCCCACUAGGUGGCCGCCACGAUCCUGUCAACGAGGAGGGAAUUGCAUUCUACAACUCACUUAUCAAUGGCCUCCUUGCCAGGGGUAUCCAACCAUGGAUUACAUUAUACCACUGGGACCUACCCCAGGCGCUGCAUGACCGAUACGGCGGCUGGUUGAACGUCGAGGAAGUCCAGAAAGACUUUGGGCGCUAUGCUAGGGUGUGCUUCGAAAGAUUUGGUGAUCGCACCAAGAAUUGGAUCACGCUGAACGAGCCCUGGAUCGUUUCCAUCCAUGGGUAUUCAAUCGGCAUCGACGCCCCGGGACGAAGCAGCACCAACAAGCUCUGUGCAGAGGGCGACUCAACACGCGAGCCCUGGAUCGUUGCAAAAGCCCUCAUCAUGUCGCAUGCCCGCGCAGCAAGCCUGUACAACAAAGAGUUCAAACCCACGCAGGGAGGCAGUAUUGGCGUUUCGCUGAGCGGCGAUUAUUUUGAGCCGUGGGAUCCCGAGGACCCUCGCGACCACGAGGCGGCUGAGAGACGAAUGGAGUUUCAGUUUGGCUGGUUCGCCAACCCGAUGAUGCUUGCCCAGGACUAUCCCGCACCAAUGCGUGCGCAACUUGGAGACCGGCUUCCUGCGUUUACAGACGUUGAACUGGCCCUGCUUCGCGAGGCCCAACUUGAUUUCUACGGCAUGAACUACUAUACUGCUCAAUUCGCCCGUCACCGCUCUACCCUGGCCGAGGAAAUAGACUACAAGGGCAAUGUGGAUGAGCUCUCACAGAAUAACGUCGGCGUGCCAAUUGGCGAGCCCAGCGGGAUCUGGUGGUUGCGCCCUGCCCCUGAACGUUUCCGAAAACAUCUGGUACGGAUCUACAAGAAGUAUGGGAAGCCCAUAUAUAUCACGGAGAACGGCUGCCCCUGCCCCGGCGAAGAGAAGAUGAGCAAGGAGGAGUCUGUCAAGGACGAGUACCGCCAGCGAUACUUUGCCACCCACUUGGAUGCCAUUGUUGGCGCGAUUCAGGAUGGCGUCGAGGUGGCUGGGUACUUUGCGUGGUCCUUGAUGGAUAAUCUAGAAUGGGGCCUGGGGUACAGCUAUAGAUUUGGGGUGACCUUCACCGACUACGAGACACUCGAGAGAACCCCCAAGGAGUCCGCCUUAAAGCUUCGAAGCAUGAUCGAGGACAGAAUGAGCACAUAG